AUGCUCUCCAAGCUCAGCCAAGGAACCCUUGAGCACAUCUCUAAGAUAGCCCGAGUAAAGGACCUCGCGAAGUCCAGCUUGGAGGCCUACCCGGUCCUCUCCGUGCAAGCUCGACUUGCCUGCUGGCUAAACCACCUUAAGGAAUAUAAGAAGACAGACGUCCUCUCCCCGGAUGAGGUAGACGCCAAGCUCGUGCAGAGUAGGGGCCCCACCUACCUACUCCUCGGGGACGUACUCUACAAGCGGUCCUACAACGGCGCCUUGCUGCGCUGCCUAUACCCCGACGAGGCAAGAUCUGUCAUGGAGGAGAUCCACGAGGGCACCUGCUCAGCUUAUCAAGGGGCCUACACCAUGGCCCGGAGGGCAAUCCUUCAAGGUUACUUCUGGCCGAAGAUGGCCAAGGAGUGCGCGGACUAUGCAAGAAGUAGCUCAACUUGA